AUGGCGUUUGUCACUGCCAAUGCUGGAGUUAAAGUUAAUAUCAAGAGUCAACCAGAUGCGUUCUGGACUCAUAUUCAACUGUCCACAAAUUGGUUUCGUGUUGCCGUUCCUGACCUAUAUACAUCAAUAGUAUUACCAGAUCCUAGUAACAGUGCGGUGCGCACAGUCACGUAUGGCCAAAGUUCUCAGAAUAUCAAAUCCUCGACUGAGAGCAUCACUGAAAACAGUCAGGCAAAAUUAACCUACACUAUAACUGCCGGUGAUAUCCUCCAAAAAUAUAAAGUCAACACCUUCCAAGCUACAAUACUUUACCCAAAUGACAAAUGGGUGGAAUGGAACUGGACCUACAACUAUCUCCCAGAGGACCAAAAAAAUGUUAUUGACCUUGAUGCAGACAUUGCAGAGAUUGCGGUGAAGACGCUGGCAAAACUUGAUAACUAUCUUAAAAAACAGUAG